AUGACGCUUUUCCAGAUCUCCUUUGAGGAUGUGGCUGUGGGCUUCACGUCGGAGGAGUGGCAGCUACUCAACCCUUCUCAGAAGAGCUUGUACAGAGAGGUGAUGUUGGAGAACUACAGCAAUCUAGUUUUCUUGGGUUAUCAAAUUAUCAAACCUGAUGCGAUUUUCAAGCUGGAGCACGAAGAGCCGUGGAUAAUAGACGAAGAAGUUCUAAAUCAGAACUUUUCAGAAGUCUGGCUAGAUAACAGUCUCAAAAUGUGGCACCAGGAUAAUCAAGACAAGCUUAGAAGUGUGGAGAGAGGCCAUGAAUAUGAUGUUUUUAGGAAAAUAUUUCAUUCAAGCAUUAACUUUGUUCAUUUAGGAAUGAGACCCCAUAAAUGUGCCACAGGUGAAAAAAGUCUGAAACAUCCUUUUGAGUUUCUUAUUCCAAAAAAUAACCAUGGAAGAAAGAAACUUGAUGAGCUCAAUAAGAAAUAUUUAUUGUAUGUCAAAGCUGAUAGAACCCAUGGUGAAAUGCCAUACUGUGAUUGCAGUAAAUGUAGGAAGGCUAGCAGGACAGGGUCGUGGCCCAUUGCAAACCGUAGAACGCACACAGGAGUCCAUUUAUGCAUGGAGUGCGGCAGCAUUUUCAGUAAGAAGUCACAGCUCAUCAUACACCAGCGGACGCACACGGGAGAGAAGCCCUAUGGAUGCAGCGAAUGCGGGAAAGCCUUCUCCCAGAAGUCACUGCUCACUAUUCAUCAAAGGACUCAUUCAGGAGAAAAACCAUAUGGAUGUGGUGAAUGUCAGAAAGCUUUCAGUAGGAAGUCCCUGCUCAUUUUACACCAGAGGACGCACACGGGAGAGAAGCCCUAUGGAUGCAGUGAGUGUGGGAAAGCCUUCAGCAGGAAGUCACAGCUCAAGAGACAUCAGAGAACCCACACAGUCGAGAAGCCCUACGGCUGCAGUGACUGUGGGAAAGCCUUCUCCCAGAAGUUAAAGCUCAUUACCCAUCAGAGAACCCACACAGGAGAGAAGCCCUAUAAGUGUAGUGAUUGUGGGAAAGCCUUCUUCUGGAAGUCACAGCUGAUUACUCAUCAGAGGACUCACACGGGGAAGAAACCAUACGCAUGUAACGAGUGCACAAAAGCCUUCAGCAGGAACUCGCUGCUCAUCAGACAUCAGAGGAUCCACACAGGGGAGAAACCCUAUGAGUGCAGUGAGUGUGGGGAAGCCUUCAUCAGAAAGCCACAGCUUAUCAAGCAUCAACUAACUCACACGGGAGAGAAGAACUACCAGUGUGCUGAUUGUGAAGAAGCAUUCUUUAAGAAGUCAGAGUUAAUCAGACAUCAGAAGACUCACUUAGGGGAGAAACCCUACGGAUGUGUUGAAUGUGGAAAAACCUUCUUUGGGAAGUCACAGCUCCUAACGCAUCAGAGAACUCACACUGGAGAGAAACCGUAUGAAUGCAGUGAGUGUGGAAAGGCCUUCACCCAGAAGUCAAGCCUGAUUUCACACCAGAGGACACACACAGGGGAGAAGCCCUAUGAGUGCACGGAGUGUGGGAAGACCUUCAGUGAGAAGUCAAGCCUCAUUCAUCACCAGAGAACCCAUACUGGAGAGAAACCCUUCGAAUGUAGUGAGUGUAGGAAAGCUUUUGCCUGGAAGCCACAGCUUCUUAGACAUCAAAGAAUUCAUACAGGGGAGAAACCCUAUGAAUGCAGUGAGUGUGGGAAGGCCUUUGUUCAGAAAGUGCAGCUCAUUAAGCAUCAGAGAAAUCACACAGGAGAGAAAACCUAUGGAUGCAGUGAUUGUGCAAAAGCCUUCUUUGAGAAGGCACAGCUCGUUAUCCAUCAGAGAAUUCACACGGGAGAGAGACCCUAUAAAUGUGGUGAAUGUGGGAAGUCUUUCACUAGAAAGUCUCACCUUAUGAGGCAUCAGAGAAUUCACACAGGAGAUAAAUACUAUGGGUGCAGUGAGUGUGGGACUGCUUUCGGCAGGAAGUCGCAGCUCAUGAUUCAUCAGAGGACUCACGUCCUCUAGAAACCAUGUGAAUGCUGUGAACGUGGAACAUCUACUGUCAGACGUCAUGCCUUCUGACACGUCCGAGGACACACACGCAGGAGGAACCCUGUCAGUGCACUGGGAAGGCAGGUCUCACCCAACAAUUUGGAGAGGAGGGAAUUUGUUUAAGUAGACAGUGUCAGAGAGCCUUCUCCCAGAACACACAGCCUGUUACAUGUUAAUGACUUAACGUGGAAGUCUUACCAGUAUUGUGGUAGUACAGACCCUUGUAGUGAGAAGCGACAGCUCAUUGUUAGGGGACCUACGCUUGAGGAGAAACUGGACUGUUGUAAAAAGCAAGUGAGAGGUUUCAUCAAGAAAGGAUAACUCACAGUACACUAGAGAGUGCAUACACAAAAUACUGAAUAGUAUGGAUCAGAGAUUUCAAAACGGAGAAGUCCUCAUGUGAAGAAUUUUGAUAAGCAUGAUCCUGUUGAAGGAAUUCUAUAACAUUGUGUUUGUUGUAUGAAAGUUAUAAAAAAUAGUUAUUUUUAAA